AGAUUACUGUCGAAAGCAAGACAUCAGAGACCAAACGUCAAGAUCUGCCCAUUUUCUCUUUUGUCCCGGGCUGCAAUCGUACGAGAAAAUUCCAGUGGCGCCCCUCCGUGCUCCGUGUUCAUUCGAGCGCGACUCAUAGUCGCUUGCAACGAGUCUCACCUAGCUUUUGAAGCUAGCGAUCUGAUUCAAGUCAACAUGGGAUGUGUCCAAAGCAAGUCUUCCUUAUUUAUCGGCCCGCAUGCUGACGAGGACAGCCUCCCUAAGCCGGGAAAGGAAAGAAUGAUGGAGGGAGAAGCACCAAGUUCAGCAUUCACCGGUAAUGCUCAGUCGGAGCUACCGUGCCAAGCUGAAAAUAAUUCAGUUCAUCAAAGAGAAGGAAAUUCUCGUUCUUUGCCAACUACAUGGUCGACCUCUUCGCCGAGGGCCUCUACCCCGGGUGAUUGCCUCCUAUCUCCGCGGCUUGCUGCAGUCGCAGAACACGCUGCUGCUUCGGUCGAUCCAGGUCCACAUAAGGAGUCACAUGUGCAUGGUAAAGUAGUCAAAAAGAGGACGCUGCCCGUCCCAUUUUCUGCGAAAGGUUGGUUGGCUUUCCCCGCCCAGGCUCCCAUAAACUCGGGCCCGAGGCGACCGGCAACGAACCCAACUCCCACGUCCAACCACGACGUGCUCCUGAAUGCUUCCUUGACCCAAUCGCAAGGAAUCGUGGUGGCAUUGACCAAAACUACCGGUGGUGAAAGUGGGAUCUCGGCACGGGGGAGACGGCCGCGGCCCUUGGCAAUCCCCACCGACUCCCACUUUCAUUUGAGCACGAUAUUGGGGCAUUUGUUGAUCGGGGGGGAUGAGGUCAGCGACAAUCUGACGGUUAUGCGUCAAUUAAAUAUCAAAAGCGUCGUUAACACUACAACAGAAGGGGAUGACAGCAUGGGUGAGCUCUGCUACUUGAAGCUAAAUUGGAGGGACGACAUUGCUCAACCAAUCCUCCCUGACCUUCCUCGGGCCUUUGCCGCCAUCGACGCCGCCAAAGCGCAGGGAGGUUUGUGUUUGGUACACUGCAAGAAGGGGAUGAGUAGGAGCGGGGCCGUCGUUGUCGCUUACCUGAUGUACAGUAACAAGGACAUGAGUCUGCUCGAAGCUCUCACGUACGCUCGAAGUCGACGCGCGAUCAUCGCGCCGAAUAUGGGGUUUAUGGGCCAGUUGGUGGAGUGGGAGAGGGAGCAUCGAGGAGGCAAGGUCAGCCUGGACCUGAGCAAGUACGAGGAAAACCGAUUUGGGGACACAGCCAUGCUGUUAUGUGGAGCUUGACCUCCGAAAUAAAAGAAAUAAGCCACGGAAUCCGAAAUGAA